UGGAAUAUACUUCGAUGGUCUGAACACUAUAGGCACGCAGGGGACGUCUACGCGCCGCGAUGAAGCAUGACGACUUCGUGAAGUAUUUAGCGGAGCUUCGCUCGCUGCCGCCCGAGGUUCCAUUAGAACCCGAACUCAAACCACAACGCAUUAAGCUUGACAGGCGUAUAAGGGAGGAGCAGGCGCUUGCAGCUGGUGCGGUGCUGUCAGCCGUCUUAGAAAAAGGCGAGCGUGGACCUUCACCCAAAGAGGGCGACUUGGUGUACAUCCACUACAGCAUUCGCGACACCCAGGAUGAGCUGCUGUUCAGCACCCGCAGCGAGGAAGGCGGCGCGGGGCAGGCCUUCGCAUUCCUGCUGGAGAAGGGCGUGCGGGUGCCGCGAGGGUGGGAGAUAGCGAUCCGAGACAUGACCCGCGGCCAGCGCAGUGUGCUGCAGGUGCAGCCGGGCUUCGGCUUCCGGCACCCGGAGUGUGGCAUGCGGCCACCGGCCUGCAGGGGCCUGCGAACAGACCAGGUCCUCCGUUUCGACCUCACGCUGCUGGACUGGUACCCCGCCGCCUCCGUGCACGCGUACGGCUCCUCCUCCUCCUCCUCCGACUCCACCCUGCUCAAGCGCAGCAUCCGGGAGGGCAGUAGCUGGGAGAGCCCCAGGCCGCCCUUCGAGGUAACGCUGCACCUGACGGCCUGCUGCCCCGCCUACGACGGCCGCCAGCUGACCGGGCAGCGGCUGUUCAGCAGCCGGGGCCGCCAGCCGCUGACGCUGCAGCUGGGCAGAGGGCUGCUGCCUCAAGGUGUUGAGGACGCGCUGUCGUACAUGUCCAAGGGCGAGCUUGCGGCUUUCGUAGUGCCUGCCAGCAGCAUGCGGCCUGACACAGCCGGGGGGAGGGGGAGAGGGACGGCCAGGGAGGGGAAAGGAGGAGCAGCAGCGGCGGGGGAGGCAGGGCCCCGUGACAGGUGGGAUGAGGAGGAGAGCAGCAGCAGCGAAGAUGACGAGGAUGAGGAAGAGGAGGAGGAGGAGGGCGGGGUUCAGGGCCGGACAGGCAGCCAUGGCGCAGCUAGCGGUAGCGGCCGAGGUGGUGGCGGUGGGGGUGGCGGGAGCAGCAGCUCCCCCACUCCCAGUUGCUGCCUGGUGCCGCCCGCACCCCCCCGCUGCCAGCAGGUGGAGCUGGAGGUGGAGCUGCUGGGGAUGGUGCAGGUCCGCGACAUGACGGGCACGGGCGAGGUGACCAAGAAGCGCGUCCGAGAGGGCUCGGGCGAGUUUCCCAUCGACUGCCCGCUGCACGACACCACCGUACGCAUGCACUACAAGGCGCGACCCGCGCGACCCAUGGGUCUGCAGCUCCCUGCAGCGGAAGCGGCGGCUCAGGCGGAUGGUGGCGGUGGCGGCGGCGAGGGAGGGCAGGGAGGAGGAGAGGGAGAGGGUGAUGACGGUGGUUGGGUGUACGACUCCCGACGCGUGCAGUCGGAGCCGCUGAUGGUGGAUACAGGUUGCGGCGAGCUGCCCGAGGCUGUGGAGAUGGCUCUCAAGCUGAUGGUGCCGGGCGAGGUGGCGCGGGUGCUGGCGGCGCCGCGCUACGCCUACGCGGGCCGGCCGGCUGAGGAGUGUCCCGUGGGUCGGUUGCCUGGCGGCGCUGCGGUGGAGUGGCAGGGCGCUGAGGUGGAGUUCGAGGUGGAGUUGCUGGACUUCGAGCGGGAGGGGCACUGGCAGAACCUUACGUUCGAGGAGCGCUACACGCUGGCGGAGCGGCUGAAGGCCAAGGGCAACGAGCUGUUCCGCAAGCAGCAGUUCAAGCACGCGAAGGCCAGGUACGACCGGCUGUUGCGACUGCUGGAGUCCACCCGCGACUACGAGGAGCAGCAGCAGGUGGAGCGCAUUGAGGCCUACAAGGUGGCGGCGCUGGGCAACAUGGCGCUGUGUGCCGUACAGAUGGGAGAGUUCGCGGCGGCGGUGGCGGCGUGUGACAAGGCGCUCGAGUACGAGCCGGAGAAUGCCAAGAUGUUCUUCCGCAAGGGCCGGGCGCUGAGCCUGAAGGGGGAUUACGAGGAGGCUGCCGAGGCGCUGAAGCUUGCCCUGGAGUAUGACCCAAGUUCGGAGAAGGACAUCAACGCUGAGCUAGCUGCCAAUGCCGAACGGCAUAAAGCUGCUGUGCGAAAGCAGAAGCGUGACCUUGGUAACUUCUUGAAGGCCGGGAAGCGAUGAGAUCGAAUGAGCGACCCUCUUCUGCCUCUUGAGGGUUGAUGUGUCGGUCAACAAACGGUCUACUGCCGUACGGACUGAGCUGCAAGCGGCAAUCUGUCGCUUGUGCCGCGUGGAUUUUUAGCUAACCCGGCGUCCUUUUGUACUUGUGUAUGGGAUGGGUGAGAUGGAUUUCGACGGAAGGAUGUAAGAGUACUAUGCAAUCACAGCAUGUUUUCGCAUCCCCUACUGAAGCUCGAAGAGGCCAGAAGGGAAUCUGACCAGCUAAAGGAGCUAAGAAAGAAACGACUGCAGGCGUUUCAGCAUGAUCUGCACGUUGGUAGAGCUAGAGGCCUAUCCGACAGCUCGGCCGUCCGAUUCUGGGAGGCUGGACCUUUAUCCGACAGGCUUGGCAGUCAUUUAAACCAGAAUGCUAAGUUCGCCUCUGGAGAGCUGGGCGCUGUCCUACAGGCUGCCCUUCGAAUACGUGCAUUCCUUUUGCGGUCAAGGGCUGGAGAUGGACUACUGCAGGACUGCUUGCUACUGCUGCGCUUCGUGAAUUUGCACAUUCGGCAAGGGUCAUCUGCUUUAAGGCAUCAGUCGGGGGGCAGCUUUGACUUCUCUUUGUUUGGCGAGACCAGAUGCCGUGGAGGCAAGCCGCCCUUGAACCGCAAGCGCAACCCCCCGACAGAAUCUACAGUUGCGGAGGCCAAAGCACCAUUCCGCCCACCUACUGUCGGCAGCAGCCCUGCUCGCAACGCUGGAGCUGAAACGCUUGAGCACCAGGCCAGCUGCGGACCUCCGGCCGCACGAACUGCUGCAAGACGCCACAGCACCACCAGUGACACCUGCACGGACCGCAGCACCUCAAGCAGCAGCAUCUGGCAAAGCAUAGGCCCAGGACGUCAGCAGCCUAAUGCAUCUGCGCGCAACGAUACUGAGAGCCGUCAGCGACGCAGGCGUCGGCGACAACGCCGCUCCGUUGAUGCCACUCAAGGCAACAGCGACAGCAGCUGUAGCAUCAGCGGAGGCACAGCGAGUUUCGGCGAAUAUGGCAGCGUCGCUUUUGGCGGAACUGCCGGCGAUGCAGUAGCUGCUGGUGCUGGCGGCUGCAGCGUCAGCAAUGCCAGCUUAAUCGCGGCAUCCCUCGGCGAUUGGGGCGCCAGAGCGUCACCCAACAAAAAGUCCAAGCACCGCUCCCAGUCCAACCGCUCUCCAUACGACUCGCACUCCACACAGCAGCAGCCUUCCUCACUACCCGGUCGCUCGCCUCCUCGGGAACAGGCCAGGGACGCAGAAAGCCCGCAUCGCAGCCACCAAGAGGCGGCCAUCCAAUCACGAACCCACUCGCCACACCAGGCGCCACCUAAGGCCGGCGCAGGGGCGCAUGGUGCCAUGGGCGGCAGUGGCGACAGGCAGGGUCGCAGCGGAGGCCGUUCAUCCGGGUCACAUUCCGUACGACAGCACGGGGCCAGUGACAGCGACAAUGGCUCUGCUGCUGUGGCGGCGGCGGGUGUUACGGCAGGGCAUCACGCCCAACGUGAUGGGCAUGGCAGCAGCGUUGACGGCCGACAUGCAGUGCCGCCUUCGCCGCCACUGCCUAAACAACGACAGCAGCAGCAUGAACAGCAGCAGCAGCAGGAGGGCCAGCAGCCACGUCAAGUGCACUGGGAUGCAGCCCAUUCCGUCCUGCAACAACCGCCGCCGCCUCAUGUCACCCCGGCCAGUAGCGCUCAUCCGACGGCGCCAUGGCCUCCCGUGGCUUGGGGCCAUCCCGCUCCUGCUGCUGCUCCUGCUACUGCGGCGGUGCCUCCCUGGGCUGCGUCUGCUGCUACAGCCAUCGCUGCAGCAGCACCACCAGCGCCGUUGCGACCAGGGUAUGACGCUCCGGAGCAGCCCCGUGUCACGGCUGAGGCGAGGAACUCGUUUCCCGCUACCUGCUUCUUCAACAACCCGACCUUCGAGCCCGACUCGGAUGUCGCAAGCGAAGGGGCCCCGUGGCCCGCCUCCGGUUCUCGCUGCCCAGUCCCUCCGUUACGGCUGCCCAGCCAGGUGCCCAUGCCGGGGCCUGCAGCUGCUGCUGCACCUGGCGGCUGGGCUCCUGCGGCUCAGACGCAGCCGGGGCAGCGUGUGCAGCAGGGGAGCUGGCAGGAAGGCGGGUGGCCGCCGCAGCAUCGGCCAGGGCAGCAGCAUGCGUGGGUGGGCCAGCCGCAGCGCAUCCCGCAACCGCAACCUCGGCACCACCAACAGCAGCAGCAGGCGCAACACUACCAGCAGCACAUGCACAUGCAAGGCCCCCAUCAGCAGCAGGCUUUCCAGCCACCGCCGUUCCAGCACCCCCAGCAGCAGCAGCCCCCUCGGCACCAGCAACCCGAGCUGUAUCCCCAGCAACAGCAACUGCCACAGCAGCGGCUGCAGCAGCAGCAGCAACCACACCAGCCCCCACAGCAGCAACAGCAACCCCGGCGGCCGCACCAAUCGCCCCCGCAACAGCAACUGCAACAGCCCUACCAACACCUACCGUACCGACAGUCCCCCAUGGGCUCGCGCUCUACCACUACAGACGGCGAGGAGCUCGAGACCUGGUCCCCGGCUAUGCGACGGGCAGCUGCGGCUGCAGACGCAGCGUCCGCCGCUGUGUCCGCAGCCGCCCUAGCUCUGGGCUGGGCGGUUGCACCGGGCUCAGCCGGCUCAUCGGGCUCCGGGGAGCUGACGGCUCAGCAUGCUUUCGCACAAGGCCUCAAGCCAGGUUCGCUGAUUCCACCGCAAGGUGCUGCAUGUCCGGAAGCUCAAGGCCACCUGCGGCGCCACAGCAGCACAUCAAGCUCUAAACCGCAUCUGUCGGCCCCGAACGGGGCUUAUGCGCCGACGAUUAGCCCUGUUGUAAGUGCCCCUAGGGAGGCGACCGGCAGCGGCAGCAGCCGGGCAUCUUCACUGCAUGACGGCCAAUCAAGCAGCAGCAUGGCUGGUUGGCCCUGGGAGGGCCCUCCGCAGGAUAUUGCUCGGCGAGAAAUGGAGGCAUCGCUUGGAGGCCUGGGGGCUGCCGCCUCGGCUGCGGCGGAGGCGGUGGCUGCUGCCGCGGCUGCGGCGGCACGGCUGGCCCGCCGUACCGAGAGCAGUGCCGGCGCGGGGGCAAGUGGCUGCUUUGGAAGCCAACGCGAGCAUGGGAGCUCUGGUGAGGAGAGUGGCGGCAGCGAUGCUGCGCAUGCGCCGCUGGCACGGCCGCCGGAGGGCGGCAAGGGGGCAGCUGCUGGUCCCGGCUGGCGCCGUAGCGGCAGCAACGGCAGCUGCAGUGAGGUUAACGGGGAUGCCGUUAGCGUGGAAUCGCGGACGGCAUCGGGAGUGUACGGCGAUCGAUGGGGACCUCAGGCGGAGCGUGAAGCGGAGUUGGCAGCGGCCGCGGCGUCUUGGCGGCCAGGGGCGAAGCUGUCGCGUCCGGCGAUUCUGGUGGGCAGCGGUGGCGGCUUCUUGAAGCUCGAAUCGGCGCCCGCGGCGGCAGUGGUGGCAGCAACGCCUGCAGCUGGCCCCAACCCGGAGCCCGCUCCUAUGAAAGCCCCUGCAAGCGCCCCAGCCGCCUCCACCUCUGCUCCGCCCCAGCCUCGUCCCCAACCCCGAGUCGCCUUCCCAGACGGCCUCGAUCUGGGUCGUCUCGCCGCCGUCUCCGCUCCUCCCCCUGAGCUCCGCACCGUCCGUAGCCCCCUCCGCGCACCCGCACCUGCCAUUGCGGCCUGCUCCUCCUCCGAACCUCCCUCGCCUGUGAGACCCAUUGUGGCUGGGAGGACCACCGCUGCACCCGACACGUCGUCGGCCUCGCUUGCAGCCCGCGAGUCGGUGCAGAUGCCUCCGAGCGACGGAGGCUUCAGCAGCGGCCGCUCGACCAAUGAGACGCCCAUUCCGCCGGUGCGCGUGUCGCCCCUGGCUGAGCUGAGCCGUGACAACGUCGCGUCCAUUCCGCAUGACUUGGCUGCAUGUCGUGAGCCCGAGGCCUCUCCUCGCAGCCCGAGUGCGAGUGCAACCGCCAGCGCAAUUGACAGCCGCAGCCGUGCCGCCUCGUCCGCGCCGCGGCAGUCGCCGUCCCAUGGGUCAACGCCGCUCCGGCCGCCAUCACCGCUAUCAAUCCGGCUUCCUGAGAUGCUCCCUGAAGCUGGCGGCAGCAGCCCCUGCACUGCUGAUCGCGGUUCACCGUGCGUUGCCGCGCGUUCUCCAACCGCUGCCGUGUCGCCAUCUGGCCGCAGCAGCUUAUCCAAGCUGCCGCCGCCGCCCUCGGUCACAUCGCCACAGCAGCAAGGACGGGAAGCCUCUGCCAGUCCACGCGACGGCGGCAGUCCUUCGCCACGACCCGGCUCAUCUCGCAUUCCGCCGCCGCCAGGGCUGCUGCAGCCGCCGCCGCCGCCUCAGCAGCCUCCUCCCGGCAUGCGCACCCGGGUUCGGAGCGCAGACGGCGUCAUGCUGGGUAACCGUACGGCAUCGGGUCGGCGAGAAAGGCUCUGCAGCGGCGGUAGUGCUGUCCCCUGGGUGAGCAGCACUCGGAAAGUGAGCAGUGCCAGUGGGCAGCAAGCCGAGCCGGCGACGCGAGCUGGCUUUGCGGGCAGGCGAGUAGCAUCUGACAGCCGGGCUAACAUGGCAGCAGCAGCGACCUCGACACCCAGUCGGUCGCCUUCCCCAGUGGCUGCUGGUGCACGAAGUCCCCCGCUUCGCACCACGGCAGAUCGCACUGCUCCGGCCACUGCUACAACACCGGCGCCCGCCAGCCCCAAGCCCGCCUCUCCAAAGGCCGCUCCCCGGGCUGCUACAGCCGUUGUGCCGAGUCUCAGGCUGGCUGCAACGGCCAAUGCAACCGCCGGGGCUGCCGUACUAGUAAGUCCCCGGGACGAGCAGCAGCAGCAACGGCAUGAUUUGGCGGUGGCUGCAAUGUGGGGCAAGGCUGCAGCUACAGCAGCCGCAGCGGGGGGCUCGGCCGCUGGGAGGUACCGCUCGUCCGGCGAUGGCGACAGCAGCCGCGAUGGGAGCAGCGGCAGCGGCGUUGGCGGCAGUUUCCGUGGCAGCAAUGGCAGCCGGGGGGUCGGCGGCAGCCUGGAAGGCAGCAACGGCAGUAGUGGGAGCAACAACGGUCGGGCAGGCAGCGUCGGCAAGGACGCUGCCCGCGUCAGGUGGGAGGGCGGUCCUCCUGCGCAGCAGCAGCAUGCAUCCUCAGCCUCCAUCCGCAGCCGCAGCAUCGGUGAUGUGAGCAGCAUGGGCAACGGCGCCUACGGCAAUGCCGGCGGCAGUCACCGUAGCAGCGGCAACAACGCCAGCGGUGGAGUUGCUGGCAGCGGCGGAGCAGGCGGCAACGGCCCCGGCGGGGCUGGCGGCCAUGGUGGCGGCGUGGAGCCAGAGCCCUCCUGGAGUCGCUCCUCAGUGAGUUGGGGCAGGCUGCGGGAGGAUGCGGACCAGGCUGCCAUAGCGCUGCUGACGCCCACUGCCGUACCCGGGCCCGACGGUGGCGGCGGCAACAGCUACUUUAGCGGUGGCGGUGGCGGUGCUCGAGAGGCUGCGGAACGGCAAGCGUACGAGGUGGCGGGAAGGGAAGCGGAAGCCGCCUACCUGCGAGAGGCGCCGUCGCCGGUGCAGCAGCGGCGGCAGUGGCAGAAGCAGGAGCAGGACUCGCCUCUGAGAGACGUCGCAGUAAGAGGAGGAGGAGGAGCCGACGGUGGCAGUCGCAUGCAUGUCGGCCUUACCGUCGCCACCAACAGCAUCUCCCAGGCUCCCUCCUCUCCGCCCUCCUGGAUGUCACCCUCCGCUGGCUUCGGCAUGGCCACAGACGCCAGCCAGCUGACCGGCUCCUCCUUCUCGGACUUCCUGGGCUGCACCUCCCCGCUGCAGCUCUGCCCCUCGCCGUUCCCGGCCGGCACCCCAGACUCCACCGCCACCGGCGCCGCCGGGCCGCUCCGCAGCCGGGGCAGCUUGACACCCCGCGGCAGCGUCCGCGCCGCUGCCACCGGCGCCAGCAGCCCCGCUGGAUCCACCUGCACCUCCGCCUACUUCCUCAACUCCCCGGGGUAUCCAACCACGGCUGCUGCUGCUUCCCGUUACCAGCGCAGCCCCAGCGCGCAUCACGGGCCAGGCCAUGCAGGCAGCUUGGCCCCCAGCCACAGCCUCGCCUCGCCUUCCGCCACAUCGUCUGCACCGUACCCUCGCUUGGAGGCCAGCCACAGCGUGGGCACGCCGGCGGUGGGCACCAAGCGCAGAACAACGAAUCCGCAACCGCCGUACGAGCAGCAGCAGAUGAUGCGCAUGCGCAGUCCGGCUGCUAGCGGGGCCUCUAGCAUGUACCCCGCAGGAACUGCCAGUGGUAGUGGUGGCGGCGGCGGGCAGGGUGCGCCCUUUGUCUUCCGGGGCGCCGAGGGUUCAGCCGAAUUGCGACCUGCGCUCUCAGGCGCUAGUUCCAUUUCCACUGUGGUUGCCACACCGUCAGGCCGCACCGACAGGAGGCAACGCUCGGGCUCCGCUGCUGCCGGUGCUGGUACUGGUGCUGCCACUGCUGUGGCCACUACCACCGCCUCACCAGCACCUGGCGCCUCAUCCUCACCCUUCAGCCUGGGUCUAGACCUCGGUUUCGGCGCCAGCCCGCCGUUGCUGUCUCCGAGGAGCAUGCACUCGGGCGGCGACUGGCCGCCGCUCGGGGACACCGCCAGCGGCGGCGGUGCACCCCGCAACAGCGGCAGCACCACCCCCAGCUGGCUGCAGGGGCGGCCCUCCUCUCUGCCCUGGGCGCUGCCGUCACCACUGGGCUCGCCUGCCCCGUCUGCGAGCGGCGGGGACACCAGCCGGCUCCGGAGCCCGCGGGGCGGAUCUGGGCUCAUGCUGGGUGCGGAUUUCUGGGCGCAUGCAGCGGCAGCAACAACGACGACGGCGACCACAACGGAUGCACCGCCGCCAGCGACGACCGAGUCAACAGGGGGGUACUACCAGCCAAUGCCCUUUGAGAGCAGCUACCCGGGUAUGGCGGCGGUGGCUCCAGGAGUUGCAGCUUACCCGGGGGGCAGCCCAUCGCUGCUGGCCGCGGUGUUUGACAGCUACAGCCCGCCUCAGAGCAGCAUUGGCGGCGAGGGUUACGAGUUGGGAGGUGGCGGUGGGGAUGCGAGCGUGGG